UGCAUGUGGGGGACUGCGCUCUGUGAUGGGAUGAAAGUGUGGGGUUAGCUAAUGUUUUAGCAGAAAAUGUUUUCGCCCGGAGUAUUUUUGGGAGGAGACAGUAUCAAGCGGAUGGAACAAUAUCGGAGAAUGGCCUCUUUUCAACGCCACUAAUUCUACCUUAUUGUGACACUGGACACAUAUAAAGGUGCUGUCGGUGGCUUUUGAAGACGCCAACUGGCACAGAGGUUUAGGCUACUUGACAAAUAGUGGUAUUUUGAUAAUAAACAUUUAGCCUUUAGCCUGCCUAUAUCCUAUAAUAAUGGAACAUGGCAGAUUGUGUAGCCUAAUUUAAUUUGAUUAAACUACAACAACAUUCUCGCCAGGACACAAUUCUCACGAGCGGCUUUCAUAAACACAUGCGAGCUAUUCGCUCUGCUGCCUCUGUCGAGGAUCUGCCCUUCGGUCAUUUGAAAUAGGGACGGCAUCCCGACCCUUCGCUGUGUGAAACGAUAGUCGGGCGAUUCCUGCGGUCCGAACAAUAUACGGCACGGUGCUGAGUGGGUCACUAUCUGCAGGGAGAGGGACAAGGACGAGCCCGUUGUCCGCUGUCCCCGCAUACUGUACAGCCAUGGAGUCGCCACCGGAGCAGAACUGCACCAUGUCGAAAAAGAGCGCCAUAGCUAAAAUCUUCAAAGUUCGCAAGAGGAGACAGAUGCUUUUUGUUCAAGUCUGUUUUAUCUGCAGUAUUCUAUGUUUGACGUGGUGCAUGUCCGCCCUGCUCACAAAAACAGGACAUGGUCUGGUCCUGGAGCAGGGGCUGGCUGACACAACAGACCGUCUGGGACGCAGGCUGAUGGCCGUGGACGGAGACAAUGACACACUGGAUAAGAACUGCACAGAGCCAGCCAUCAAUGAGUUCCCUGAGGAUGUCUUCACCACCUACCAGCGCACCAGAGGAGCUGUCCUGCUGCAUAUAUUUGCGGCCCUCUACAUGUUUCUGGCCUUGGCCAUCGUCUGCGAUGACUACUUUGUGAUGUCGUUGGAGAAGAUCUGUGAGAAACUGGACCUGAGUGAAGACGUGGCAGGAGCUACUUUCAUGGCUGCUGGCAGCUCAGCACCAGAGCUGUUCGCCUCAAUUAUAGGUGUGUUCAUCACUCAUGGAGACGUGGGUGUUGGAACCAUAGUGGGCUCAGCAGUGUUCAACAUUCUAUGCAUCAUCGGUGUGUGCGGAAUCUUCGCUGGACAGGUGGUGUAUCUGACUAAGUUUGCAGUGUUCCGCGACUCGCUCUACUACACCCUGUCUGUGUUGGCAUUGAUUGCAGUCAUUUACGAUGAGAAGAUAGUGUGGUGGGAGAGCUUAGUGCUAGUAGUGAUGUACUUUGGGUACAUUCUGAUCAUGAAAUUUAACACCAGCAUCCAGAACUAUUUCACAGGGAAGGAGGACAAGAGCUUGGCCAAUGGUAACACAGUGAUCAGCAGCGAGCUGGAGGAUGUGAAGCCCACUAAGAUGUACAGUCGUGGAUCUGUGGUGAUGGUGGAUGAGAUUAUCAACUCCAGCCCUCCUAACUACAGUUUCCCCGACGCCGGCCUGCGCAUCAUGAUCACCAACCAUUUUGGCCCCAAGACACGCCUCCGCAUGGCCAGCCGCCUCAUCAUCAAUGAGCAACAGAGGCUGGUGCAGGCGUCAAAUGGUGUGGACAACGAAACCAUGGUGAUCACUGAUGGUAAACCUGAGACCUUGGAGAACGGCACCGUACCAGAGGACAAGACUGCUGAGGAAGAGGAGGGAGAAGCCCUGAAUUCACCCUUCACCAUCCCUGGGGGCUGCAUGGAGAAAGUGAAGUGGCUGAUCUCCUGGCCCAUCCUGCUGCUACUCUACUUCACUGUGCCAAACUGUGCCAAGCCUCGCUGGGAACGCUUCUUCAUGCUCUCCUUCUUCCUCUCCACCGUGUGGAUCGCUGUCUUCUCCUACUUCAUGGUCUGGAUGGUCACCAUAAUUGGCUACACUCUGGGCAUCCCUGAUGUGAUUAUGGGCAUCACCUUUCUGGCAGCUGGCACCAGUGUCCCCGACUGUAUCGCCAGCCUCAUUGUUGCUCGUCAAGGUCUUGGGGAUAUGGCGGUCUCCAACACCAUUGGUAGUAAUGUCUUUGAUAUCUUGGUGGGACUGGGGCUACCAUGGGCGAUACAGACCAUGGCUGUGGACUAUGGCUCUGAGGUGAUGAUCAACAGCAGAGGGCUGGUCUACUCUGUGGUGCUGCUUUUGGGUUCUGUGUUUCUGACAGUUCUGGGGAUCCAUGUGAAUCAUUGGAAGUUGGACCUGAAGCUGGGUGUGUACGUGCUGGUGAUGUACGUCAUAUUCCUGUGUUUCUCCAUCAUGAUCGAGUACAACGUCUUCACCUUCGUCAAUCUGCCCAUGUGUCUGGAGCAGCUGUAGGACGGCCUACACCACCGGACCGGAACAGAAGUCCCUGCUGAAUUAUAGACUCACAUAGCCAUCUGGAUCUAAACAAAAUCACUAACUAACUCAAUAAUUUAUAUAAUUUUACAGUCCCACAUACAAUUCUUUUACACACCCUUUUUCCAUUCCAGACGUAACUGUCUGUCCUUACUAUACCCCUUUUACAUUCCUUCACUAUCUAGCCAUAAUGUAAAGUUCCCUAGAUCCUUACAUUCAUCCACAAUAUCCUCAGUCCCCCAAACAACACUACCUACACAUGCCUUUGUGCUGUCAAUUAGAGGAGGCGAUACCAACAGAACCAAAUGGAUUCUCCUUACUAACCCAGAGGAACGGAUGGCUACUCUGUCUUUCCCUCCAGAGCCCAACUCACCGUUAGAUGGAGAGAAACACAGCUCACCGCUAAACAGAACCCACCUGGCUGAAACCCUCCUAGUCUCCACAACAUAACCCAUGACACUACCUUCCUCCUCUGUUUGUAUCUCAUCCGGUCUGGGAGAGGUUUUUUUGGUCAGGCAGCUCACUGGCAUCCAUCCCUACUAAAGAAAAGGACCCAAGCUGCCCUCUCUGUACAUUUAUGAAUUCUUCAUUUAUUGUUAUUUUGAUUUAUUCUAUGAUCGUCUUUCUUUGGAAGGAAAACAAACAUACAUUUCAUGAACAUAUUGCACUUUAGAUGUUGCGUGUGAAAAGAAGUAGAGUAUAUAUAUGACAUAUAAUAUAUUAUAUUUUUACGGUUCAACAUUCUAGUUCUUCCUUUGUGUGGUGCAAUAAGAAGAGAAAGGGAGGGAGGCAGCAUGUGCCAAGUCCUCUCUCUCUCUCUGGCAAGUGGAGGAGAGUCCAGGGGAGAACCUGUGCUUUUUCUGUUUCUGGACACACUCCAACUGCAAGACACUGCUGACCAAGACAAGACUAUGAUAUGCCGUGUCCCGUAUUUGAGUGUGAGUGAAAGUAGGUGAGAGAUUGCUAGGAAGGGAGGGGAGUGUCUAUUAGUAUUCAGCACCACUGUGGAGAGGAGAACACGUCUUGGGAGACUGUGUCCCCCUUGGUGCUUGGUGGAUGAUGAUUUUACAGAUAGCUCAAGUGUACAGUGAACAGGACUUGGGCCCUUUGGCUGAGGAAAAGCAUGGAUUUUUUUUGGCAAACUGUAAGUUGGAGGUGCCAGAGCCAGGCUCGUCCGCCUGAGUCAUGUUGAGAUUUUUUAAUUGUGUGUUUGAUAUCUUCAGCUCCUAACAAGGCCAAUGCUUGUACUCUGUUCAGUUCCCUCUCACCCCUGUGCUCCAGUCUGUCUCUCAGAGGGCUGAAGAGCUGCUGCUGCUGCCCCCCAGUGGUCUAAACAGAGUGGAUCCCUAUGCCACUGGCUGUGGUUGCUAUGGGAGUGAGUAUUAUUGUGACACGCAUCACAAACCAAGAAAGAUACGACCACGACCGGGACCAUGGAUGGGGAUGUGGAUCUGUGCUGCAUAAUGGCACUUAUUUAUGUUGUGUGCGUUUAUGUAAAUGUGAGCCGUCAUGCACAAGCUGAGGUCCUCUCGUUGUGAUUCCAGUGCUUCUUUUCUUCUGCCAGUCGGGCAAGGUGAGAUGCAGUUCCUGCGUAGAUAUUUUAAACUGCUUCCUUCUCUCCCUCCUACCCUGCCCCAAAUCAUCCUUCUCCUCCUCCUUCGCCUCCUCCUGGCACUCUCUCUCUGUGAUUAUGUCUUCUCUAAAUGCAUGAUGGGACACGAGGCAGUGUUUAUUUAUUUCUCCCCCAGAGCAGAAGCUUAGCAGGAUGAGGUAAGAUCAUCACCCUGUUCGUCCAUCUGUCGACCUCCAAAUACUGGCAACUACGAGUCGAGCCGCCCGCUGCCCAUUUGACUGACUUCUUGACCUCGUUAUGGGUCGUGUUCAUCAGGGCACACAAUGGAGAAAAAAAUUUCAACGAAAAGGAACAUUUCUUAUUGGACAAGUCUAAGUAGUUGCUCUCUGUUUCAGUCAGUUUUCUCCUGUUUGGUGCCUAAUGAACAUGACCCAGUUCAGGGGUCGCUGUGGGAACAGAGGGUGGAGUCUGUAUCGGUGUCAGUCGUGAGUGUGUUGGGUAUUGGUGGUGUUGAAAAGUGUUGUUACUGUUUUCUGUGUUGAAAAGCAGACAUUGGAUGCAGUGUGGGGUAUAUAUAAUGUAAACACAUGUAUGCAAUCUCAAUAAAAAGAGGACCAGGUAAGGAUGGUACAAUAUAUUAUGCAUUAAAAAUAGUUUUAUUGAAGCUGCUGAAAGCAUUGAUAGUAUACAAGUACAAGCAAACACUUAUGCACACACACACAUGCACUUGUCAAAUGUUUACUCCCAUGCUCACACCCGCUUACACACAUGCAUACACACACACACACACACACACACAGUGGUAGUAGCUAGUGCAAAGACAAAUGAUAAGUGAUGAUCUGAUCUGACGGGAGGGUAAAGUCAGUAUUGAACUAAAGCCAGAUGAAUGUUGUUGAAAUCCAGAGGUCUGUUCACUUCUGUUUAUUAAGGUCUGAUUUAUGAUGUCACCUAUAUCUUAGUUGCAUGGUAAAUGAACAAAGGGCAGGCUCUCUGGUACUGGUCUGGGUCAUGUUCAUUAGAGCACACAACGGAAAACAUUUUGCAAUAGAAACUAAAAUGAUCAUUUCUUAUUCGACGACAACAACAACAGGUAAUCCGCUCCCUGUUUCAGUCAAUUUCUUCUGUUUGGUGCCUAAUGAACUCGACCUUGGUGUGUUAUGUAAUAUAUAAUAAUAUAUCCUAUUUAGCAGA